CCCACAUUUAACUCGCGAUGCACCCUUGGACAAGUUCACGGGUCGCAGUCUCACCAGAAGAGGGCAUUCCGAUUCUGCCUGACAAAGUUGCCUUGACAUGCAGACGUGAUUAACAACAGCGUCAUGCUGCAUUUCAAGCCGAGCCACAGCCAGAAUGUAAGGAGGAUUUUGACAGAAAAGGUGGAUAUUCGGAUCUUUGAUGAUUCCGCGAGACUCGCUGACUGCGCUUCACAGAGACUUGUGGAUAACCGACCGUUACUUUCCUCUGUGCGCCAUCCGCGGUUCAGACUGAGCAUCCUUGCGAAUAGAGACGCCAGGGUUUUACUUGGGAGAGGAAUCUAAAGGGCUGCUGAACUCGCGUGGAAAAUAACGUCCUGUGUUUUUCCAUCAUGCCACCGUAUUUGUGAAGUUUCGAGACCGGAUUUGAUCACGGAUUCUUCAUGCGCACAUAAGAAUGACAUGAAUUACUUGGAUGUGGCUUCGUUAUUGUCUGCGCCUACUGCAGUACUCUUUUUGGCUGUAACUUGAAACAAAAAAAAAAAAAAAAAAGAGGACGAUUCCUUCGCUGUGAAGACAUGGAUACGGAGUUCUAAAACGGAUUUUUUGCACCUUUUAAUCUGGAGUUGGAAGUAAAUGACAUUCGCCCCGUUUCAGCUGUACGGUUAUAGAUGCAGAACUUAACCGGAUAGCACAUCCAGGUCCGGGAGAGUAAAGGGCAGGUGCGCUUUGGAGUCGGCGGCUGCGCGGAGAGACCGGGCUAUAGUGGAUUAGGACGGUACCUGUCUGUGGAGAGCGCGUCAUGCGGACUCGGAUGUCGCGCACCACAAGCCAUUAAAACCUGUAGGCUGGAGCUGACAGAUAAGCCGAUAUGGGCUCUGCUCUGCGGCGUCGCUGGCUAGUGGUCCAACUCCUGAUGCAGGUGUGGCUGGCGGCAAAUCCAUCUUUGAGUGAGCGCCCAUGCCCCAAGAGCUGUCGCUGUGAUGGAAAAAUUGUCUACUGUGAGUCAAGCGCCUUUCGCGAUGUCCCCAAGAACCUCUCAGGAGGCUGUGAAGGCCUGUCUUUACGGUACAACAGCCUCGCCAGUCUUCGCGCAGGCCAGUUUGUGGGACUCAACCACCUCAUCUGGCUUUACUUGGACCACAAUUACAUUGCCUCUGUGGAUGGAAUGGCCUUCCAGGGGGUCCGCAGACUCAAAGAGCUGAUCCUAAGUUCCAACAAGAUCACGUCGCUCCACAAUACCACAUUCCACCCUGUCCCUAAUUUGCGGAAUCUGGACCUGUCGUACAACAAACUGCAGGCCUUGCAGCCAGGGCAGUUCCAGGGCCUAAGGAAGCUUCUCAGCCUUCACAUACGUUCAAACUCUCUAAAAACCGUCCCAAUGCGUCUGUUUCAAGAUUGCAGAAAUCUUGAGUUCCUGGAUCUGGGUUACAACCGCCUGCGCAGUAUCACUCGGAAUGCAUUUUCGGGCCUAGUAAAGCUCACUGAACUGCAUCUGGAGCAUAACCAGUUCUCAAAAAUCAAUUUCUCUCACUUCCCACGCCUCUACAAUCUGCGGGCACUUUACCUGCAGUGGAAUCGCAUUCGCUCAAUGAACCAGGGACUGACCUGGACCUGGGCCUCCAUCCAGAAACUGGAUCUGUCUGGAAAUGAUCUGAUGGAAGUGGAUGCUGUAGUUUACCAAUGCCUACCCAACCUGCAGACCCUCAAUCUGGACUCCAACAAGCUGAACAAUGUCUCCCAGGAGGUGGUUGAUGCCUGGAUAUCUUUGACUACGAUUAGCUUAGCUGGUAAUGUAUGGGACUGUGGCCCUGCCAUCUGUCCUCUGGUGGCCUGGCUAAGAAAAUUCAGAGGGGCAAAGGAGACCACCAUGAUCUGUGCCUCCCCCAAGAAAGCCCAGGGUGAGAAAGUGAUGGAUGCUGUCGAAGCUUUUGGUGUUUGUCAAUCAAACCCAGCGACAACGCUCUCUGUGAGUAUUCCUCCAAGCCCAUCCAGCGUCCCUGUGCAGACCGAACGCCACCCAGCCAUUCUGGCUUUACCUACCGGUUCUGGAAAGAGAGGAGAGGGGUCUAUCAGAGGCCCCACAUUGUCAGUUGUUACCCCACCUGUGGCACUUCCCCCAGAGCAAGACUUGGAGCCUGUGUCCUUCCAUAAGAUUGUGGCAGGAAGCGUUGCCCUUUUUCUAUCUGUCGCGAUGAUCCUGUUGGUAAUCUACGUGUCUUGGAAGCGCUAUCCUAGCAGUGUCAAGCAGCUGCAGGAGCAUUCGGCAGCAGCCCGCAAACGCCGCAAGAAAGCUAGAGAGACGGAGCGCACCCUGAGCUCUCCACUGCAGGAGUACUAUGUGGACUACAAGCCCACCAAUUCUGAGGCCAUGGACGUGCUUGUGAAUGGGACCGGACCCUGCACCUAUACCAUCUCAGGCUCCCGAGAAUGCGAGGUCCCCCACCAGUUGGGUGCGCUGACCUUCUACCGCUAUGAGCAGCCUAUCGUAGACUACUGCCAGGCCCAUCAACCCCUGCGGCUCAACAUGGGCUACGAGGGACCCCCACAGGGCAUGGAGGGCCUGGAGGACCUUGGCCCGUGCGAUAGGGGUACUAUACAGACAGUGGCGCUGCCGGCCGUGCCCUCUGCCACCAUCAUGGGUGCCCCUGUGCCAGGGCCUCGCUCUCCUCCACCCCCCCUCAGACCACCGACUGAAGGUCCCAGCAGCGGACCUUUCCCUCCCGCCGAACGCACUGGCACACUCAAAUUCGGACGCUAGCGAGCCGAGUCUGGUUGCGAGAAGUGGGGCAAGGGCCUCUGAUUCACCGUGACAUUGUAAUGAAGGGGCAGGCAUGCUGGUUAUUCAGUGGGGCCUUGUUUUCAGAACAAGAGUAUGUGAACUAAAGGACAUUUUUUUUCUAAUUCUGCCUGGAGGGAUAUGGCAUCUGAAACACAGUCUCUCUAAUAUACACUAAAGGGGAGACAUCCUUGAAGAUCAUUUCUUUCUUUUUUUCCAAACCACCUCAUAUAAAACUUGUUUCUACUGAUUUAUGGGACAAAGUCCAGCUUAAUUAUGACAAAAAGUAUUACCUUGUUUCCAAAUCUGUUUUUUUGCCAUAUCCCAUCAUGGGGCACUGGUUCGCAGCAGUCCACGUGCACGGAGUCAGGAGUGAAAGGGAAAGUGCAAUAAACACGAGUUCUCGAUCACAAAAAGUGAGAGCAGUAACAUAAAACAUAAAAGAGAUGGAGCUGUGUAUCAUGUGAAGAGUGAGGGGCUUCUUACUGUGAUUAUUAUUAGAAUAUUUAGUCAGUUAACAAAGGCAAAUCCAUCUAAUUAUUUCAUAUAGAGGAGUCAUUCUCUCAAGACAGUUUCAUAGAAUUUAUCUUUUUCUUACUUUCUGUUGUUUUUUCUUUAGAUGUGGGACUUCAUGCUGAAUUCCAUUAAUGUGCAUGUCAAACCAAAGAGUUUACUUGUAUUUUUCCUUUUAUGCACAUAAGCUAUUUUAGCUGAGGGCAUUCUUAAAAUGCCCAUUGGUCUACUAAACUGGCCUCUGCCAACUCACAUUCACAAUUACAAACAAAUCCCCUGGUAGUUUCAGAUGAAAUGGGCUUGUCUUUUUCAGAUUAGCAAAUUAGCCAUGCAAUACAUACAAAGUGAGGAAGCGAAAAUGAAAUUUCAUUUCAAAGAUAUUUAUCAUAAUGAUUACCUGGUCCUCCCAACAUCAAUUUAAUUGCCAUCAGUCAUGAUCUUGGUGACGCUAUGCAUAGCAACAACCACACAAACAAGAGAGAUAUUAUGGCAUGUUCCAUAAACUCCUUACACAUACAGAGGCCCUUUUCACAGCAGAAUGGCAGGUAUUUGUAUAUGAUUAUAUCCCAGCUGAAUGAUUCACUAUGCUUUAAAGAGGUAAUCAUGGGGAACUCAAGUGGUGAAAUAAGUACAUUUGAAUGCAAAGUAUUGUACAUAUUCUUACGAAAGGUCCACGAUACUAAAGGUCAAACCACUCUCACUGCCCCAAACAGUCAUUUGAAACAUUGUUGAGUCAAUGUUUGACUUUGAUCACACUGGACAAUUUGGAGAGCACCGACUUGCUGGGUUUGGCAAAGCUCCCAUCUCCCCUCCACCACAGAGAACAACAGUGGCUAGUGGGGACAUGUUGAACCAGCACCUUGACUUCUCUGUAACCUGCAUAUGAACCCAUGGACUGUACUGGGAAUAUUGCCUGACAUCUUUUUUGUUUUUUCCAGAAAAAGCGUGCCUGCAGUGUGACUUUAUUGCACUUGGUAACCCUUUGGCCAACGUGUCGAGCACUCUUUCUCACUGACUUGUGGAGCUGAUGAUGACUUCAGAUACAGCUGCGAUGGACUGUCAAAUAUCCAGCUUAAUCCGAGCAGUGCACCUGGGGCCGUUUUCUACCUGUCAGUGGUCAUACUUGCGGGAGUUGUGGAAACUUUGCUUGGUCUCCCCACUGCGCAACUAAUUGGUCCGCAGAGGAAAUUGCGAGGGGCCAAAAAAUUCCCCGGAAUGUGUGUGUAUCUUCAAGAUAAAAAAAAAAAAUCUUUCUUUUAUUGUUUUGGCUUGGAACAUAAAGAGGUGUUCAAAGAUGAUGUCAAGAAAUUCUAUAAGACUAAUCAAAGGACAAAAAUCGAAUAGAACUUAUUUAUCGUGUAAAUAGUGAAUCUUUAAAGAUGGAAAAAAAAAAAAAAAAAGUAUGAACUUCACUUCUUCUGAAACACAAACUGUUUGUGAACAGAAGAGGAGCCUUAUUCACUCUCCAGUGGGAAUCUGGUACCAAGAUAACUCGGUGAAGAGGUUCCUACUGUAACGCUCCUGUUGUUUCAAUGAUAAAUAUUUUUCUAUCUGCUCCCGCCACUAUUCUACCAUUAAACACACAUUAUGUUACCGAGGUAAUUUCUCAAAUCCAAUCAUUUUACUGAAUCACUGGAAGAUUGGGAGCCUUGUUAUUAUGAUAUACUUCAAGUGUCAAACCUCAUAGAGAGCCACAUUUUCUGUUCUGACUUCAGACAUGUUUCAUCUUGCAGGAGGUGGCCGUUCAUGUGUUGUUAGGUACAUCCCGGUCCACUCCUCAUGUUUAAGAAAUCCAAACCGAUCUGCCAUUUCAAGGUCUAAGAAGUGUGCUAUUCUUUAUACCAAGAGAUUAACUUGGGAAGUUCUUUUUGAUGUGCCAUUUAUUUUGUUAAAUGUUUUACCAAAAACCAGCCCUAAAACAACAAGUGACCCAAAAGUCUUCAUGGUUUCACGACUAAGAAGGGUUCAGUCCCCCUUCGUGUACAGAACAUUGCAUAAAAAGCAGUUGAUUCGCUGAGUACAGUUGCUUAAUAGUGCUGGUGGAGUUUACUUUGUAAUAGCAGCUGUGCCAAUGUCUUUAUAAUGGGAGCUCUCUCAAUUUUAUCCAUGUAUUGUCUUGCCUUGCUCUAUAUCACCCCUGCUAACUCCUUGGCCUGAAUUUCAUGUCUGCCUCUGGGUGACUCGGGUUAACCUGUUUGAUGAUGUUCUAUUUCUGUCCGCAUGCUGAUAUUUUGGGAAACUAUGCCCAGUUAGGGAGGAGCGCUGAACCAGAGACAAACCGUUUGGGGGAUUUUUUCCUGUCUGGAGUGCCCUACAACCAGCAGCACGUGUCAUCGACAACUUCACUGUUUUUCAAAGCAAUCCCUGCCCCCUGUCCCACCUGAAGUAGAAUUCCCUGGCACGAUAUAGUCCGUUAAACAGAGGAAGAGGCCUGUGCUGGGCACUCACUCCAGGGACAGGCUUUCCCUUUAAUAGUCUCCUGCUAUAGCCCAGGACCCCGUAUGUAGUAAUUACUACAGCGAUAAUGGUUCAAUUCAGUGUAAACACACUGAUCAAAGCUACUUUGCCCUUCAUGUGUAAUUAGAAAAUACUAUUAAAAUCUUUGUCUGUUCACAAUUAAAUCAACUAAUAAGCGAUUGAUUAAUCAUGACUACCUCCCUGAUAAAAUCGGAUAUGUUCAGCGGAAUGUUCGAAUCCUGCUGCCAGUAAUUAUUUAGUCUUUUGUCCGUUUCUUUUUGCCAUCAGAGAGCUGGAAGCACAGGCACUGCAUGCUAAUGAUGCAUGUUUGAGCUGAACUCCAGGAAUGUCUGCACUCGCCGCGCAAUGCCAACAGGCUUUACUUUCCUCUUCUGCAGUGUUUGCUUAUGGUUUUGUACACCCCGAGCUCCCCCCGCCCCCCUUCCCACACUCCCUUUUCACUCUUUGAGUUUGCGCUCAAGUCCCCACUGGGAACAUUUCUCUUUUUUUUUUUUUUUUUUUUUCUUCGGCGGGGGUGAAUAAAGGUCUGAAAAAUUGUAGGGAAAAGUUCUAUAUUUCAGCGUUAAUGCGCAGAGGAAAAGCUAAUGCAAAUCUCCAAGGGGGAGAGGGAAAGCAAAGGAGACGAGAGGGGCAGCCAGAGAUGCUGUACAAUAGGGAGGAUGUAGAGGGGAAAAUGGAUAAGUGCAAGGACAUUGUUACUGUUACAAUGAAAAGCUUUCUCAUGUUUCUUAAUGUUGCAGGAAGCUUUUUUUCCACUGCAAGACGCAAACUGCUUCAGCAGAGCUCAGAUACACGCGGCACACAAGAGCGUUCUGUAGAGUUACAUAGCAAACACACACACACACACACACACACACACACACAAAAAUCAACUUACAUCUUGUAACUGUAUGUAUAAUGCAUGCUCACAUACAAAGAUAAACAAAGUCACAUGUUUUAAACACCGAAUUUGGUUGAGAUAUUUACUGACAUUAUGUUAUGUGAACCCAUUUCAUUUUUUCAGUUUCUAACUGCAGAACAAUCACGCAUAAAUACAUGUGCACAAAAAAACCUACAAACACAGGCAACACGCAUGCCUUGAUAAAUGAUAAUGAAGUACUUCAGCUUUUGACGCUCCCAUCCAUUUCAGCUCACCCAAGGCCAUCUGCGACGGUUCAGUAGGUCCUAAUCCAUUACCUGAUAAAUACAUUUGAAAAAUUACUGUAAUUGCAAGACAGACGUGGAGUUGCAGCUUUUCUUCCUCUACCAUACAUCUGUGUCUUACCCACAGGCAGCGCUGGGGCAUACCCAUACAGCACACAGUCAUGACUGCAGACAGUCAGCACGUAUACACAUGGAUAACGGGGCUAAGCAGAAAAACAAAACCAAAAAAAACAAGCUAAAUGCUCCCCAUCUGCCAAUUCUAGACUCCUAAUUUGUGUUUCUCUGUUUUAGUGUGUGCGCAGACUGCAAAGAGUUAAGAAGAAAUAACUUUGUCAUGCUAAAAAGGCAGAAAGAGAGACAUCGCUAGUGAGUUAGCUACCCCGCAUGUACCCAGAUAGCGCGUGUGUUUGUGUGCAUCUAUAGCAGCACCUACUCCUCCACCUCCUCUAAACCCAUGCCAUCAUUACUGAUGUUCAGGCCAGCCCGGUCCCCAUUGAUUGUUAUUGUUCCAUGCUGUGUCACAUUAGCAGGCGGUCUUUAACCUCUGACCUGCAUUGUCCGGAGUCUGUUUUUCUGCCAUUGCUCAUGUCAGAGGGGACACAGAAAGGGAAGGCAUGAUCAUUAACCUCUGUCAGGGAAACACACUUUUUUCGUUUGUCUGACAAAGCCAGCUUGCACCCUUAAUUGGAUUUAAUGUGAGCACCGAAGAAAGGAAGGUUUUUAUUUAAAUGGGCUGCAUUCUACUCAUGCAGUUGGCUUGAGAGUGCAGUGAGAGAGAAUGCAGAGAGAAAGCAAUAUCAGAAUUAGUCUUUGGGUUUCUUUUGUUGCUGCCACUUAAAUGCUUUCCAUAUAAACCAGGGGAUCCCCACUGUCUCCUUCUCAUUCAUUUCCUGCAGAGAGCAUUGAGUUCUGUAGGGUGUAAAUAUGCGCUGCAUUGUUUGUUUUUUUGGUAGUUGGUUUGUUGUUGAGUUCUUUUGUUUUUUUCUUAUUUGGAUUUUUGUUCUUUUUACUGUAUUCAGACCUAAAGCAUUUUUGUGGCGACCUGGUCCAAGCGCAAAAAUAUGGCUCUUCUUUGAGUAUAUUAUUGUCAGAAAAUGUUUUGUAAAAAUUUUGAUGAUGAUAUCAGAAAUAAACAUCUAAAGAUGGGA